GCUCGCUGUCCCGCCGUGAGGGAGCGGGAGGCAGAGGGACUGCGGUCGCCGGCGGUCCCCGCUCCGCUCCGGCGGCCCUUCGUGCUGCCUCGUCCCAAAAUGGUGGCGGCUCCGCCGAGAACAUGGCGGCGGGACCCUCAGCCCUCGACCGCCUGUGAGGUGGCGUUUCCCUCGGAGGUGACCGGCCUGGGGUCUCGGCAGCAGCGGGGAGCCUGGGGCGGCCGCUCCGCCUUGGACGCAGUCAGCCCCCGGGGACCCCUGUGCCCCCGCAGCGGGACGUGGCGGGGCGUCCAGCCCGCACAGGGGGUGAGGCGUGAGUGCAUCUCAGUCCAUGUUGGUCAAGCUGGUGUGCAGAUUGGCAAUGCGUGCUGGGAGCUGUACUGCCUGGAGCAUGGCAUCCAGCCCAAUGGGACCAUGCCGAGCGAUAAAACUGUCGGUGGAGGUGAUGAUUCCUUUAACACGUUCUUCAGUGAGACCAGUGCCGGAAAACAUGUGCCUCGUGCUGUGUUUGUGGACCUUGAACCAGCAGUAAUAGAUGAAGUUAGGAAUGGGACAUACAAGCAACUCUUUCAUCCCGAACAACUGAUAUCUGGUAAAGAAGAUGCUGCAAAUAACUAUGCUCGAGGUCAUUACACAGUUGGGAAAGAGAUAAUUGAUCUAGUUCUAGAGCGUAUCAGGAAACUGUCUGAUCAAUGCACUGGCUUGCAGGGUUUCCUGAUUUUCCACAGUUUUGGGGGAGGCACUGGCUCAGGUUUUACUUCUCUGCUGAUGGAGCGCCUGUCAGUUGACUAUGGGAAAAAAUCAAAAUUGGAAUUUGCCAUCUACCCUGCACCACAGGUCUCAACAGCUGUUGUUGAGCCAUACAACUCCAUCCUGACUACCCACACGACUCUGGAGCAUUCCGACUGUGCCUUUAUGGUUGACAAUGAGGCCAUCUAUGACAUUUGCCGUAGGAAUCUGGACAUUGAACGCCCGACCUACACCAAUCUCAAUCGCCUCAUUGGUCAGAUAGUCUCUUCCAUUACUGCUUCCCUCAGAUUUGAUGGUGCCUUAAAUGUGGAUCUUACUGAAUUUCAAACUAACUUGGUGCCUUACCCUCGUAUCCACUUUCCAUUGGUAACAUAUUCCCCAAUUAUUUCAGCAGAGAAAGCCUAUCACGAGCAGCUCUCUGUGUCCGAGAUAACCAAUGCUUGCUUUGAGCCAUCUAAUCAGAUGGUGAAGUGUGACCCUCGCCAUGGCAAGUACAUGGCCUGUUGUAUGCUGUAUCGUGGGGAUGUUGUCCCCAAGGAUGUCAACGCUGCUAUUGCUGCUAUCAAAACCAAGCGCACAAUCCAAUUUGUAGACUGGUGCCCAACUGGUUUUAAGGUUGGCAUCAAUUACCAGCCACCAACAGUGGUUCCUGGUGGUGACCUAGCCAAAGUCCAGCGGGCAGUGUGCAUGCUGAGCAACACUACAGCCAUUGCUGAGGCAUGGGCUCGUCUAGACCACAAGUUUGAUCUGAUGUAUGCCAAACGUGCCUUUGUUCACUGGUAUGUUGGAGAAGGAAUGGAGGAGGGGGAGUUCUCAGAGGCUCGGGAAGAUUUGGCUGCACUUGAGAAAGAUUAUGAAGAAGUGGGCACAGACUCGGUGGAUGGAGAAGAUGAAGGUGAAGAAUAUUAAAUACAAGCGAAUUGCAAGUCUUCGCUGUUUUACUGCAUCUUCAGUAGCAGUGUAAAUCAUGUCAAAUAAUCGGAAUAAACUUCUUUAAUCAAGACA